AUGGCUCUUCCGUUCAACGUCGACGCCGUCAAGCGCAACGCCCGAGCCUACGGCUUCAGCACGCAGCAGUCGGCCACGUUCGCGCACCUGGCCGUCGCCAAGCUCCGCGACCUGCACGCGGCGUCCAACCAGCCCGUGCCGCUUGAGCGCAUCGCCGAAGCCAUCAAGCUCCAUGCCUGCCAGGAAGUAGAGCGCGAGAGGGCCAUCAGGCCAGAGGUUCGGCAGCGGGGCAUCUCCAUCAUGGACGACAUGGAGGAAGAGCUGCGCCUGCUCGACCACGUGGCCAACAUCCGAACCACGAUCGUCGUGGAGGAGCGCGGCGGCUCGCGGGCCAGACGGUUCCAGUUUGACGGCGACGGCCUCGACGCGUACUUUGGCAAGAAGGAUCCGUACAGCUCCUCGCACCGGGACAUGCAGCAGACGCUCUCCCUGCAGCAGCAGCAGCAUCAACGCAGAGACAUCAUCACGGCGCUCUGCGCGCGGAUCGAGCUGGCCGUCGAGCUGGGCAAAUGGCUGGGCCCUCGCGACAUUGUCAACCUGUACGCCACGAGCAGGACGUUCCACAACGCCGUCAACGAGCACCUGCUGUCCAGCAUCCGCGCGUGGAUCGCGCACCGGGCCCCCGAGGCUGGCCGCCUAUUCAAGUUCAACCUCUACAGGCGCCACCUGGUCCCGGAUCCGGCGGGGAGGACGUGGCAGACGCACUACGCCGGCACCGAGACGCAAACGAGCAUGCCCCAGCUGAUGCGGCGGAUCCGCACCGUCCCGGGGCUGCGCUACCUGCAGCUGGUGCUGGGCAGGGAUCGGCACUGCCGGGAGAUUCUGGCCGUCAUGGCCAGGAACGGCCUCCUGAUGCCCAAGACGAUGCACCACACCCUGCUGAGGCUGUGGCUCCUGAUGGACAUAGCCACGAGCGGGCAGCGGCAGGCGCUCCUCCGAAACCAGGACAUGUGGACGGACGAGCACCUGUACAACGCGCAGAUGUUCCUGGUGAAGCUCUCCAUGCUGUUCAACGACCCCAUCUACGGGCCCAUGACCAACGAGCUCCUGCGCGUGACCAUGGGCCAAAAGGGCCUGUACCCGCUGUGGCAGCUGCUCCUCCGCAAGAGGUUCACCAACGUGGCCGAGAUUGUCGAGCUCCAGGUGCGCUACGACUGGGAGCCGCCCCGCCAGCUGUACGCCGCGGCCGGCUCCCGCCCGGACGAGGCCGUCGUCAUCCACGGCGUGCCGCUGCAGGAAGUCGGCAGGGACCACCUGGAGGGCUGGGGGCUGGGCGAGGCGCACCUCCUGCGGCCGGACGAGCUCAUCCCGCUCGAGGCCGUGGCGCGAGGGCUCGAGCUCGACAGCCACCUCAUGUACAUGAUGACGUGGGGCUACGUCGACUUCGAGACGGGCGACAACGUGGUCCCCUCGGAGGACGACGUGCACAUGUCGGACGAGGAGGACGCGCUCGGGCACGCCGACACCAGCGGCCACUGGAAGAGGAAGCACGCGCUGAAGAAGAGGUUCGGGGCGCUCUCGCCCGAGUCGCAGCGGCAGAUUAUGCAGGACGACGAGGACGACCGCCUCAAGGCGCUCGCCUGGACGGGCGACACGACCGACUACUACUGCUGCCACGACGGCGGCGACGGCGCAGACGACGCAGACGACGCAGACGCCCGCGAGGCGUACUCGCUCGAGGACGAAAUCACGCGCGGCUUCAUCGUCAACCGCCAGGACGGGACGGGGCCCGCGCCCCCCGCCAGCAGCAGCGACCGCGUCGCCUGGCAAGGCUUUGUCGACCAGGCGCUGGCCAACGUGCCGGCCGACCUGGGCGACGAGCAGGCCCUCGGCGCGCAAGCGUGGCAGAACUACCACAACGACGAGCUGUACAACGACUGGGACUGGCAGACGUGGCUGCGGCAGGAGGAGCAGGGCCAGGGCGCGCGCGACAGCGGCCCCUGGACGUGGGAGGCACCGCCGCACGAGGAAGCCGGAGCGCAGGCUCCCGCACACCCCUCGGGCGACGGCGACGGCGACGGCGACGGCGACUCGGACGACACCGUCAUCCUCGACCGCCUCGUUGACGACGGCAACGACCACGACCGCGACCGCGACCACGACGGCAACGACCACGACGGGCCGCACCGCCAGCUGUGCAGCGAGCUCGCCGACUAUUUCGCCGCCGACGCGGACAACCCCGUCCCGGGCGAGCAGCUCAAGGCCCUGCUGGCCGAGCACUGCCCCCAGGUCCUGUCUGGCGCCGAGUACCCAGCCGACGCGGGCGAGGCCUGCAGGCCGUCGUCACCAGGAGACCCAGGCUGGGGGCACGUCCUGACAGAGUGA